CCUCGGCGGCCGCCAUGGCACCUGUGAAAAAGCUUGUGGCAAAGGGGGGCAAAAAAAAGAAGCAGGUUUUGAAGUUCACCCUUGACUGUACCCAUCCUGUAGAAGAUGGAAUCAUGGAUGCUGCCAAUUUUGAGCAGUUUCUUCAAGAAAGAAUCAAAGUCAAUGGGAAAGCUGGUAAUCUUGGUGGAGGAGUUGUAACCAUUGAAAGAAGCAAGAGCAAGAUUACUGUAACCUCUGAGGUGCCUUUUUCCAAAAGGUAUUUGAAAUAUCUCACCAAAAAAUAUUUGAAGAAGAAUAAUCUACGUGAUUGGUUGCGCGUAGUUGCUAACAGCAAAGAAAGUUAUGAAUUACGUUACUUCCAGAUUAACCAGGAUGAAGAAGAGGAAGAAGAUGAGGAUUAAAACUCACUUAUCUGGAAAAUUUUGUAUAAGUCCUUGAAUAAAACUUGGGAACCAAAAAGGUGGCUAUCCUUGUAUCUCUCCAGUGUGGAUUGAACAGCAAACCAGAAAUCAUAGGGAAAGGGCUUCAGUUGGGCUCCACUCACACAUUUGUAA